CCUGGCUAAACUCACGCCGGGGCCCCACCGAGGAGGGGACACCGUGGCCGGGCCUUUCCCAGCCCCACUGGGCCAGAUGCUGUGCCAGGAGGAGCAGUGACCUUUUUCCUUCUCUUUCAAGUCCAGAUAAACUUGGAACUCUCCACGGGAGGCACGCGGAGGCCUUUCCACUGGACCUUGGGCUCCCCCUGUCCCCCCCCUCCAGGCCGUGUUGUGCCGGUGGAGCUGCGCCUGCCAACCGUUUCUCAAGAACUGGAUCCCCUUGGCGUGGGUUCCCGUGGCGGUGACCCUCCAACAUGGGCAUCAAAGCAGCGUUGCCUGUCUAUGAGCUGGGCAUGUACGCCCUGGUCGUAUCCUGCGCCAUCGCUUACAGCGGGAUGGAGAUCUUUGAAACCUCCAGAGACAGCAUGAACCGGAAGGCCUUCCGAGGAAACAUAAGACCAGGGUGGCAUUACUUUGGCAGAAAGAUGGAUGCCGCUGACUUUGAAUGGGCCAUGUGGUUUACUUCAUUCAGAAACUUCAUCAUCUUUGCCCUUUCGGGACACGUUCUCUUUGCCAAGAUCUGCUCCAUGACUGUUCCUCGGCACAGGUCGGAGGUGUACAUGGUGUACGGGAUCCUGGCCGUGCUGGGCACCAUGGGGGGCUCCUACGUCAUGAUCAUCCUCUCCCACUGCCUGCUGCUCUACACGGUCGCGCUGGCCAGGCAGAAGUGGCUGUGCCUGGUCGCAGGCCUCUGCAGCCUGGCUUCCUUCAAGCUGGAGCCGUUCAGCACCUGGCAGAACGGGUUUGUAACGGGCACCUUUGAUCUUCAAGAUGUCCUCUUUUACGGAGGCAGUGGAUUCACCAUCAUGCGCUGCAUGAGCUUUGCCCUGGAGAACUGUGAAAGGAGAGAAGGCAAUUACUCCAUCUUCGCCCUGCUGAAAUACAAUUUCUACCUCCCUUUCUUUUUCUUCGGACCCGUCAUGACCUUCGACCGAUUCCAUGAGCAGGUGCAUGUGAGCGAGCUCCGGCGCAAGGACGACGAGAUGUGGUCCAUCCGCGUCCAUGCCGCCGUCCAUCUCCUGGCCAUCGUGGUCGUAGACGUCUUCUUCCACUUCUUCUACAUCCUAACCAUUCCUUCAGACCUGAAGUUUGUGAGCCGCCUCUCGGAUUGGGCGCUGGCUGGCCUGGCUUACUCCAACCUGGUUUAUGACUGGGUCAAAGCCGCUGUGAUGUUUGGGGUGAUCAACACCAUCUCCCGGCUGGAUCACCUGGACCCGCCGCAGCCGCCCAAAUGUAUAACCAUGCUCUACGUCUUUGCCGAAACGCACUUCGACAGAGGCAUUAACGACUGGCUAUGCAAGUAUGUCUACAAUUACAUCGGGGAGAACCACGACAACAUCCUGAGGGAGCUGGCGGCCACCGUCGCCACGUUUGCCAUCACCACCCUCUGGCUGGGCCCGUGCGAGAUCGUUUACAUCUGGUCUGUCUGCAACUGCUUUGGACUCAAUUUUGAGCUGUGGGUGCAAAAGUUCUUCCAGCUGGAGUUCUUUGCCGCAAAGGAGGCCAAUAUGUCAGAAGCAAUGUCCCGCCGGAUCCGGGCCUUCUUUGGGGCAGCCAACUUCUGGGCCAUCGUCCUCUACAACGUCCUUGCCCUCAACAGCUUGGACUUUGCCCUUCUGGUUACCCAGAGAAUUCUCUGGACAGGUUUUCCCAUCAGCACGUUGUCCAUCUGGUUCAUCACUUACUGCGGGGUGCAGCUGAUCAAGGAGAGGGAACGCAUCCUGGCCAUCCGCGAAGAGGAGAAAGCGGAGAAGGAAAAGGUGCACUGAAAAGAGCCAGCAAAGGGGCAGUUUUGGCUCCGUGGCCCCAGGCUGCUCAGCCAAAGCGCCAACCUCUCGCGCCCCCAGCCAGCCCAGAAGCUGCACCUUCACUGUUUUCCCUUUCAGCCCUUUUCCAGUUUAAA